AUGGUGAUUGUGGAUUGCCGCGACAGAGACAAUGGUGGCGAUGACCAGCAGACGGCUUCGGGGCUGAUGACAUUGAUGAUUUUGACAGACGAAGGGUCCGGAAUUUUGGUGGUGAUGAUCGAUCACGGCAAUAAACCAACAGCGACGGUGGUAGUGAAUUCCUGCGAUGGAGUUGUUGCUUGUUGGCCUUUGCUUUACGGUGGAUGGACAAAGAAGUGA